AUGGCCUCUCCUAAACUCGGCCUCCUCCUCUUUGUGCUGCUUCAUGCCAUUUUCUUGCUCUCUCCACCUGUUCUCUCUGAUGGUGAGGAAGACAUUGUUCUUCAAGGCCUAAACAGUUACAGCACAUCCUCAGGCCUGCCAGCCUUCACAAAUAAUGAAAAGGCGUCGUGCCUUGCCGAUAAAAUUGCCGAAAGAGUACUAGAGCACCAAAUAUGUUCUGCAAGUGCCAACUCCAACUCUAUUCAGUUAGCAAACUACCCAGACCUACUACUAUACUGUGGCAUUAACGUUACCCACAUUAGUGAUGGUGCAGUUUUGCCUGUUUGCGUGCCCAAAUUGGUUCCAACUCUUGUGCUUGCCGGUUAUACACAAACCCGGUAUGCCAAUUACAUUAAUGACUUGAAGUUCACUGGAGCAGGAAUUGCCUCUGAGGACGAUUGGAUGGUUGUGAUUUUGAGCACAAACACUCCGGAGGGAAGCUUCACAGCAGGAAGCCAUAGUUUGAUUUCCACCACCGAAGGGCAUUUUGCAGGAGCUAAUAGUUUGGUUAAGGUUGAUUUUGGUUAUUGCUUGGUUUCUUUCUUGUUGGGUAUGCUUGUUAAUGCUCAAGUGCCUUUGGCCUGGUUGUAA